CAUAUUCCAGGAGCAGUUCCCAGAGCAUUGCGGGUGAUGCUUGCCUACUGGUUUGUUACUAUACAGAUGAAGCUACCACUGGGAAAAAUAGAAAAUAAGAUCACAUGACAAGCAUUCUCCAUACAAUCCAGCAUCUCCUUCAAUAAAAUCAAAGGGAAAAAAAGCUCGGGGGCGAUGGUAAACACAGUAGGGGGCUGGGGUUGCUGUCUUGUAGCUCAAAUCUUCCAUCCAACCAACUUCAUCACCUCGUCAUCUCCGCCCCCUCCCUCUCUUUAGCUCUUCCUUUUUCCUUCUUCCACUAUUUCCCUUCAUUUCGUUUUCAUCUCUUUUCCAUUAACACACACUAUCCAAUCUCUCUCAGUCCACCAAUGGCUUCCACUCCAUUCCUCUCCAAAACCCCAAUCAACAACUUCUCCUCCUCCCUCUCCCCUUCCCUCCCUCUCCUCCCGUCCACUCUCUCCCACCGCAAAACAAAUCCCAAUUCCUUCAGAGUCAAUGCCAAGAUCCGUGAGAUCUUCAUGCCUGCUCUCAGCUCUACCAUGACCGAGGGAAAGAUCGUCUCCUGGAUUAAAUCCGAAGGCGACCUUCUCUCCAAAGGCGAAAGCGUCGUAGUCGUCGAAUCGGAUAAAGCCGACAUGGAUGUCGAGACCUUCUACGAUGGCAUUCUCGCCGCAAUCGUAGUCCCCGAGGGCGAAACCGCUCCUGUUGGCGCUCCAAUUGGACUUUUAGCUGAAACUGAAGAGGAAAUUGCGGAAGCCAAGGCGAAAGCUGCCUCGAAAGCAAGUGGUUCAACUCCACCUGUAGCAGAAACUGUUACUCCCACUCCUCCUCCUCCGGCCACUUCCACUCCUGCUCCUGCAAUCUCGCAAACACCGGCUGCACCUGAGGGGCCAAGGAAGACGACUGUGACCCCGUUUGCGAAGAAAUUGGCGAAGCAGCAUAAGGUGGAUAUUAGUAAAGUGGUUGGAACUGGCCCGUAUGGGAGGGUUACUCCUGCUGACGUGGAGGCAGCUGCGGGGAUUGCUGUUUCGAAGCCGAGUGAGAGUCUUGCUGCCACGGUUAAGGCUGCAGCGAGUUCAUCAGUCCCUCCUCCUCUACCGGGGUCAAAUAUUGUGCCAUUCACGACAAUGCAAGCGGCUGUUUCAAAAAAUAUGGUGGAGAGUCUUUCCGUUCCGACUUUUAGGGUUGGGUAUCCAGUGAUAACUGAUGCUCUUGAUGCAUUUCACGACAAGGUUAAACCCAAGGGUGUGACAAUGACUGCAUUGUUGGCAAAAGCUGCAGCGAUGGCACUUGUUCAGCAUCCAGUUGUCAAUGCAAGCUGUAAAGAUGGCAAGAGCUUUACGUACAACAGUAGCAUUAACAUUGCAGUGGCAGUGGCAAUCAAUGGUGGGUUGAUAACCCCUGUUCUUCAGGACGCUGAUAAGUUGGAUCUGUACUUGUUAUCUAAAAAAUGGAAAGAGUUGGUGGAGAAGGCCCGAGCAAAACAACUUCAGCCCCACGAGUAUAAUUCAGGGACUUUCACUGUAUCCAAUUUAGGAAUGUUUGGAGUAGACAGAUUUGAUGCCAUCCUUCCUCCAGGCCACGGGGCUAUCAUGGCUGUUGGAGCAUCAAAACCAACUGUGUUGGCUGAUAAAGAUGGAUUCUUCAGCGUUAAAAAUAAAAUGCUGGUGAAUGUGACAGCCGAUCACCGAAUCGUCUAUGGCGCUGACUUGGCUGCCUUCCUUCAGACCUUUGCUAGGAUUGUGGAGAACCCAGAGAGCCUGACAUUAUAAAUGCUGUGAUGAAUUUUUAUAGAAAGAAUGCUGUUGAUUUUGGCUUCAAUGCUUUGGUCUUCGAUGAGAUGAUGGCAUGUCUAUUGAGCAGAACACUGGGCACUGGAAGAUGGUUUUGCAGUGCCUUAGUUUCCUUUUGUCGUGAUUUUCUACGCAUUUCAUUACAAAUACUGUCGAGUAUAAUUUUAAAGAUGAAAAUAACAAGCUAGUUGUUGAAAGUUUUGCCACAAA